CCCCCAGCGCGGUGCUGGCUUGCGGACGGCGGGGUUGGUGACGAAGUCUCCGCCGGCAUGGUGCGCCCGGGCUCUGGCUUUGGGCUGCUGCUGCCGUUCCUCCUGUGGGUCGGCAUACAUUCAGGUGUUGCUUUUCACUUUGCUUCAUACAUCGAUAGUUACAUGGUGUUGCAGAAGGAGCCUGCUGGGGCAGUGAUAUGGGGCUAUGGUAUACCUGGAGCCAUAGUCACUGUGACCUUGCACGUUGGACAGGAAACCAUCAUGACAAAAGUGACCAAUGUGAAAGCACCCUCUAAUAUCUGGAUGGUUAUACUGGAUCCUAUGAAGCCAGGUGGACCUUAUGAACUGGUGGCACAUCAGACUUUGGGGAUAAUGAGAUUCACCCGGAAGAUUCAUGAUAUCUUAUUUGGAGAUGUCUGGCUUUGCAGUGGGCAGAGUAACAUGCAGAUGACUGUUUUGCAGAUCUUUAAUGCUACAGAGGAGCUGUCCAACACUGAGGCCUACCAGUCUGUCCGCCUCCUCUCCGUCUCUCUCGUUCAGUCAGAGAAGGAGUUGGAGGACUUUGAUGAGGUUGACUUGGAGUGGUCUAAGCCCACCUCAGGAAAGUUAGGCCAUGGCAACUUCACAUACAUGUCAGCAUUGUGCUGGCUCUUUGGGCGUCACCUGUAUGAAACCUUGCAAUAUCCAAUUGGGCUGAUCUCCUCCAGCUGGGGUGGGACUCCCAUUGAAGCCUGGUCAUCUCCAAGGUCACUGAGAACCUGUGGAGUCCAUUUUAAAAGCCACAUUCCAGAAUCUGUAACUGGUCCCAGCAGGCACUCUGUUCUCUGGAAUGCCAUGAUCCAUCCACUACGUACUAUGACUCUGAAAGGGGUGAUAUGGUAUCAGGGAGAAUCCAAUAUGGAGUAUAACAGGGACAAGUACAAUUGCACGUUCCCUGAGCUCAUUGCAGACUGGCGCCAGUCCUUUCAUGAUGGCUCUCAGGGUCAGACAGAACGUUUCUUCCCAUUUGGGUUUGUCCAGUUAUCUUCCUACUUGGUACAGGAAACGUCAGAUGACAGAUUUCCUCAGAUCCGAUGGCACCAAACAGCAGAUUUUGGCUUUGUUCCCAACCCAGCAAUGCCCAACACCUUCAUGGCUGUCAGUAUGGAUCUCGGUGAUAGAGACUCACCUUUUGGCAGCAUCCACCCCCGAGAUAAACAGACCGUGGCCUAUCGGCUGCACUUGGGAGCCCGGGCUGUGGCUUAUGGGGAGAAGGAUGUGAUCUUUCAAGGACCACUGCCUGAAAAGCUAGACCUAGUGGCUCAUGGCGAGCUGCUCAACAUCACUUAUCACCAGUAUAUCCAGAUCCAUGUACAGAAGCUAAAAAACAGAACAUUUGAGAUUGCUUGUUGCAAGGACCAUCACUGCAAGUGGCUUCCAGCUAUCAUGAGAGUUUUCUCUUCCCACACCUUGACCUUGGAUAUUUUGUCUUGUACUGCCACUGUGGCUGCUCUUCGCUAUGCCUGGGCCACAUGGUCUUGUGAAUAUAAGCAGUGUCCUUUAUAUGACUACCAUACUCACCUGCCAGCACCUCCCUUCAUUGCUUGGACAGUAGAGCAGGGUUGUUAAUGAGUUAAGCUUGCCUUUGUCCUCUAGUAUCAGCCUCUGUACUAGACUAAUUCUGAACUACAAAUUAGACCUCAGUGUCAUUUACUUCCUAAUUAUUGGGAGUGAAAUGUCUAGUAUUUUUAUGCCUUCUAAUCCUGAACUAUGGAAUCUCCGGGUUGGAAGAAGAUUUUAAAGGCCACAGAGGCCAGCUAGUGUUUUCAUGUGUUUUUACAAAAUCUCUUGACAAGUGAUUGAUAACUGAAUCUCUGUAAGAAGUUUCCAAGUUUUUUUCUUAUGUUGAAUUGCAAUCUUUCUGAUGAAACUUUACUACUCCAUGUCAGUCUUUUAGGCAAUUGAAGACUAUUUGUUUUCUUUUAAAGUCCAAUUCUGCUCCUUUAAACUUAAUGAUUAUAAUGUGAAUCUUUAAGCCAAACCAGCCAACCGGAGUGCAGAUAUGUUUAUUCUUUAAGGCAAUAACCUGCCUUAAGGAAGAAAGGGCCAGGUAGUUAUAGCCUUGUUCAAACAAUCAUAUGAGUGCUGGGCAAAUCACAGGUUCAG